UUUUAUGAAAAAUAAUGUAAACAAUUGCGAGCAAAAAUGAUGAAAAUGCCAAAUUGGUUAAAUAAAACUACCUUUUCUCCAAAGAAAACACCGACGAGAAAAGCUUCGGUGUCAUUGUCCACUAAAGAUUUGAGUCCUAAAAAGAUUGAAAAGGAACUGGGACCAAACAUUGGAGAAAUUCGAAUUUGUUUAGGAGAUCAGCAAGCAGUUUUUGAUGCUGGAUUAUGGGUACCUGAAUCUGGAAAAGUAGGCUGUACAUUCAAAGAGAAUGAAAAACUAAAAAAGGAAAUUAAAAAGCUGGAAGAGGAAAACAAUUUAUUGAAAAUAAAAUUUGAACUUUUAUUGGAUAUGUUAACACAAGCUACUGUGAACGCUAAUGUUGAUAAGGAAGAACUCGAAAGUUUACGUAGUAAACAUUAUACUAGUAAACGAACUGCAACUUGAAUCAAUAAAAAGAAAUAAAUGUAAUGUUAUAUAUGAAAUAUGGUUGAAUGUAAAGUACAUUUUCAUUGUAAUUCAGAAUGAUUGACUCUUUGCAUGACAUUGACUAAAGUAUUCACAAAUUUC